AUGUCUAAUCUCACCAGAGAUGAUGGCACUUUCUCUUCAGGGAACACUGGAGACAAUACCUCACUCCCUCCUACUAAGAAAAAAAGAAACUUACCAGGAACACCAGAUCCUACAGCAGAAGUUAUUGCUCUAUCACCAUCGUCGUUAACAGCGACCAACAGAUUUGUAUGUGAGAUUUGCAGCAAAGGGUUCCAAAGAGACCAAAAUCUUCAGUUGCAUCGAAGAGGUCAUAAUCUUCCAUGGAAGCUUAAGCAAAGAACGAGUAGUGAUGCUCGAAAACGUGUAUACAUAUGCCCCGAGUUGUCAUGUGUUCAUCACAAUCCAGCUCGAGCACUUGGUGAUCUCACUGGGAUCAAGAAACAUUAUAGUAGAAAACAUGGUGAGAAGAAAUGGAAGUGUGAUAGGUGUUUGAAGAAAUAUGCGGUUCAGUCCGAUUGGAAAGCUCAUUUAAAGACGUGUGGCACUCGUGAAUACAAGUGUGAUUGUGGCACCAUCUUUUCAAGAAAAGAUAGUUUCAUCACUCACAGAGCAUUUUGCGAUGCAUUAACAGAAGAAAACAACAAGAUGAAUCAAGAAAUGUUACAAUCACAACAAAUGUCGGAUGAUUACAUGAACACCAGAAAUAGUAUGUCAAUGGGACUCCCUCAAUUCAAUAACUACAACCCGAAAAGCCCGCUCAAAUUGCACCCUCAAGAGAUCCCAAUGCUUUAUAGGCCGAUGAAUAUAUCAGCGGGUUUGUUCUCAACCAGUUCAGGUACCUUAAUUAACAACCCAAUAGUUGAAUCAUCUUCUAGUAUCGGUCUAGAGCUCAGCUCUUCAAAUGGGCCAGUGGGCUACGUGAACUUCCAACAAACCGAAGGCCUGCUUUCUGCCCAUAUGUCUGCGACAGCCUUGCUUCAAAAAGCAGCUGAAAUAGGUGCAACGGCGAGUAAUAUCGUAAAUUCUCCGAUUAUCCAAAAGAGCUAUGUCACUAGCAUGGCAGGCCCAGACCAGCCCAAUUCUGAUGGACCAAGGCCCAGUCCAUCAUACUGUCAUUUCCAAGGCCCAUUCCACAACUUCCAGACACAACCUGAAGAAAACAAUGCCUUGCCAAAUCCCAUCCUGCAAGGUACAUUUGGGCCUGGGCCUGAGCCUGGGCUUGGGCCCAAACCUGUUUUGGAUGCUGAUCCUGUUUUGAAUAAUAUAGGAGUUUAUAGUGAUAUUUUAAAGGGUGCAGAUCAUAGUCUUGGAUUGAUGAAUAUGGAGCAUGGAGAUAGAAGAAAUAGUAACUCGGAUUUGAUUCAUGGUAUAGGUGAUACGGGUAUAGGAAGAAGCGUGUCAGGGCGCGGUGCUGGUAGGGACACGUUGAUAGUCGAUUUCUUGGGAACUGAAUGAUCAGGAACAAUACACAUGAAUGAACAACAUUGACUUGGGGGUACUGAAGCAACAAAACAUGCAAGCAAUGUAUUCAUAGCAAUAACUUAUGAAUGAGCAUUCAUCAACAUAUGAAAAGCCCAUUUAGAAGGAACUGAAAAUGGAAAUUUUCAAAAUAAAUGCAUAAUUGUAAUUAUAGAUU